CCCCCCUAACCUCUUUCGCGAAAAAUUAGAAACUCAAAACACCACCAAAACCGCUACGGGAUCUCCAUCAUCGUUUUUCCAUCACUAUCACGCAUCGCCAUCCAUGGCCGUGUACACGUGUCCUAGGGUUUUCACCUCCUCUUCCUCCUCCUACUGCUGCCGCCACCAUCCCGACCUCGCCACCCGCCGCGCCGCUGCUGACAAGCCCGGCCCCCGCCCCCGCUUCGCCGCCGGAAGGGUCGACGCUACGGCGCCGUUUCACGGCCUGUCGUCUCUCAUUCUCCGAUUCCCGCCCAACUUCGUCCGCCAGCUCAGCACCAAGGCCCGCCGCAACUGCAGCAACAUCGGCGUCGCGCAGAUCGUCGCGGCUUCGUGGUCGAACAAAGACUCCGACCUUUCGGCGGUGCCGGCGGCUAGUGCCGUCGAUGCCGCCGCCACUGCCGCCGAUCUGGUCGUCCCGCCCCAGAUCGGGGCCGAGGACGACCUGGCGGCUACUGCCGCCAUUGCCGCUUCCUCCGCCGCCGUGGAUGACGCGGCGGUGUUUGGAAAUGGUGUACAGUUUGGAGGCUUGCCCGAUUUGAAGGACGCCUCGUUUUUGAGCUCCGAUGGGAGCAUCGCAAUUCAUGCUGGUGAAAGAUUGGGUCGUGGUAUAGUAACUGAUGCAAUUACAACCCCUGUGGUUAAUACUUCUGCUUACUUCUUUAAGAAAACUGCUGACCUCCUUGAUUUCAAGGAGAAACGCGCGACAAGUUUUGAAUACGGGCGCUAUGGAAACCCAACAACAGUGGUUCUUGAGGAGAAGAUCAGUGCUCUUGAAGGAGCGGAAUCAACACUGAUGCUGGCAUCUGGAAUGUGUGCUAGCACAGUCUUGUUGAUGGCAUUGGUUCCAGCUGGUGGGCAUAUUGUGACAACAACAGAUUGCUACAGGAAGACUCGGAUAUUCAUUGAGACCAUCCUUCCCAAAAUGGGGAUCACGGCCACAAUUAUCGACCCUGCUGAUGUGGGAGCACUGGAAACUGCAUUGGAUGAGAAUAAAGUUUCUCUUUUCUUCACAGAGUCUCCUACAAACCCUUUCCUCAGGUGUGUGGACAUUCAGUUGGUUUCAGAUCUUUGCCAUAGAAAAGGGGCAUUAGUCUGUAUUGAUGGCACUUUUGCCACACCUAUCAAUCAGAAGGCCCUUGCCCUUGGGGCUGAUCUUGUUGUGCACUCUGCAACGAAAUAUCUUGCUGGUCACAAUGAUGUCCUCGCUGGUUGUAUUAGCGGUUCAAUGAAAUUGGUUUCUGAAAUUCGUAUAUUGCAUCAUAUUUUGGGUGGUGCUCUUAACCCGAAUGCUGCAUACCUGAUCAUUCGAGGCAUGAAGACUCUGCAUAUUCGUGUACAGCAACAGAAUUCUACAGCAUUGGGGAUGGCCAAAAUUUUAGAGGCACAUCCUAAGGUGGCGCAUGUCUAUUACCCUGGCCUGCCAAAUCAUCCUGAACAUGAGCUUGCCAAGAGGCAGAUGACUGGUUUCGGUGGUGUUGUCAGUUUUGAGAUUGAUGGAGACUUAAAGAGAACGAUUAAGUUCAUUGAUGCCCUGAAAAUCCCAUAUAUUGCCCCCUCCUUUGGUGGUUGUGAGAGCAUUGUGGAUCAGCCAGCCAUAAUGUCUUAUUGGGAUCUCAGUCAGUCAGAUAGGCUCAAGUACGGAAUCAAGGAUAACCUGGUCCGUUUCAGCUUCGGUCUCGAAGACUUCAAAGAUCUUAAGGAUGAUAUUCUGCAGGCCCUGGAGAAAAUAUAGAGCAAAGCCGGCCACCUAAUAUGCGGUUUAUUCUGUUUAAUUUAUUCCAUCGGUUCUUUUGGUGCUUCAAUUGAUGUUUGAUCACCAAAGGCGGUCGUUAUGAUUCCCUUAGGGCCCAAAACCUGUCUAAUUUUCUUUGUAAUCUGCUCUUUCCAAUUCCUUAUCAUUACUAUGCUGCUUUUUGAUUAGUCUAAAUAUGAUUCGAGCUGAAUGAGAAUUUAGGACAAAAAGACAUCAAAUAAAAAGCUUUGCUUUUUGUCCGGAGGCCCCAAAUUUAGGUGGCUGAUGUGGACAUUCCAUUUCUUCCA